UGAGGACAAAAGUUCCUCGCUCUGAGGACAAGGUUCCUCACGCUGAGGACAAAGUUUCUCACGCUGAGGACAAGGUCCCUCACGCUGAGGACAAGGUUCCUCAAGCUGAGGACAAAGUACCUCACACUGAGGACAAGGUACAUCACACUGAGGGCAAGGAUCCUCACGCUGAGGACAAGGUUACUCAAGCUGAGGACAAGGUGCCUCACACUGAGGACAAGGUACCUCACACUGAGGACAAGGUUCCUCACUCUGAGGACAAGGUUCCUCACGCUGAGGACAAGGUGCCUCACACUGAGGACUAGGUUCCUCACGCUGAGGACAAGGUACCUCACACUGAGGACAAGGCACUUCACAUUGAGGACAAGGUUCCUCAUGCUGAGGACAAGGUUCCUCACGGUUAGGACAAAGUUCCUCACGCUGAGGACAAAGUUCCUCACGCUGAAGACAGGGUUCCUCACGCUGAGGACAAGGCACCUCACACUGAGGACAAUGUUCCUAUAGCUGAAGACAAGGUACCUCACGCUGAGGACAGGGUUUCUCACGCUGAGAAAAAGGUUCCUAACGCUGAGUACAAGGUACCUCACGCUGAGGACAAGGUAUCUCACGCUGAGGACAAGGUUCCUCACGUUGAGGACAAGUUUCCUCGCGCUGAGGACAAGGUACCUCUCACUGAGGACAAUGUUCCUCAAGAGGACAAGGUGCCUCACCCUGAGGACUAGGUACUUCACACUGAAGACAAGGUUCCUCAUGCUGAGGACAAGGUACUUCCCACUGAGGACAAGGAUCGUCAAGCUGAGAACAAGGUACCUCACACUGAGGACAAGAUACCUCACACUGAAGACAAGGUUCGUCACGCUGAGGACAAGUUUCCUCACGCUGAGGACAAGGUUCAUCAAGGUGAGGACAAGGUACCUCACACUGAGGACUAGGUACCUCACACUGAGGACAAGGAUCCUCACGCUGAGGACAAGGUUCCUCAAGCUGAGGACAAAGUUCCUCACACUGAGGACAAGGCACCUCACAUUGAGGACAAGGUUCCUCAUGCUGAGGACAAGGUUCCUCACGGUUAGGACAAAGUUCCUCACGCUGAGGACAAAGUUCCUCACGCUGAGGACAGGGUUCCUCACGCUGAGGACAAGGCACCUCACACUGAGGACAAUGUUCCUAUAGCUGUAGACAAGGUACCUCACGCUGAGGACAGGGUUUCUCACGCUGAGAAAAAGGUUCCUAACGCUGAGUACAAGGUACCUCACGCUGAGGACAAGGUAUCUCACGCUGAGGAGAAGGUUCCUCACGCUGAGGACAAGUUUCCUCGCGCUGAGGACAAGGUACGUCUCACUGAGGACAAUGUUCCUCAAGAGGACAAGGUGCCUCACCCUGAGGACUAGGUACUUCACACUGAGGACAAGGUUCCUCAUGCUGAGGACAAUGUACUUCCCACUGAGGACAAGGAUCGUCAAGCUGAGAACAAGGUACCUCACACUGAGGACAAGAUACCUCACACUGAAGACAAGGUUCGUCACGCUGAGGACAAGUUUCCUCACGCUGAGGACAAGGUUCAUCAAGGUGAGGACAAAGUACCUCACACUGAGGACAAAGAUCCUCACGCUCAGGACAAGGUUCCUCAAGCUGAGGACAAAGUUCCUCACACUGAGGAGAAGGUACCUCACACUGAGGAGAAGUUUCCUCACUCUGAGGACAAGGUUCCUCACGAUGAGGACAAAGUUUCUCACACUGAGGAAAAGGUUCCUCACGCUGAGAACAGGGUUCCUCACGCUGAGGACAAGAUUCCUUAA